AUGAUGCACAUGUUGAUCCCGUCCAAUGCCACUGCCGCUCUGCUGGAGCGUCGCGGCCAACCGAUUCAAAGCAUUGGCCAGCAAUCCAAUUGCACGCUCUUCAUACGGGACCGCGACUCAUCACCAUUUAAAGAGGACCGUCUGCUCUGCCUUCAAGGAACCGCCAAGUGUAUCAGCUUGGCCCAGCGUCUUGUGAUUGCGUACAUUCGUGCAUUUCGAGCAAAGAAGGGCGAUCCCAACUACAUGGAGCUAUUGACUGGGGAUUCCAAUGUACCACUUGUAGCAGUGACGUCGAUUUCAAAAGCCAUGGACGUUGCAAUGGCUAGUAAAAAGAAAAAUGAAGUGACCAUUACCAACCCGUUUGUCUGGAUGGUUCAACGCGAAGACGUUGGCAAGAUGAUGGGGAGGCAAGGAAGUGUGCUACAAUCGAUCCGUCGGGACACCGGAGCUUCUAUCCGUAUUGAAGACGAGGUCGCUCCUGGCACGACUGAGAGACGAGUGGUGCUGAGUGGAGCGGUGAAAUCCAUUGCGGCAGCAGUGGAAAAGAUCCGAAAGAGAGCGGGUGGGCGCUCGGAAGUGACUGCAAGUGCGACAAACGGUCGACUUGGACGGUACUUUGCUAUUCCGUGUCAUUCUGCCGGUUACCUCAUUGGUCCGCAAGGCUCUACGAUCAAAACCAUUACGGAGCGCACGGGUGCACGCCUGCAAGCUCCUUCGACAGAGGAUCUGCCUCUGGGUAGUAUCAACCGGAUACUUCAUAUCCAAGGCACUCCGAAACAGACCGAGCAUGCGCGACGAGUUGUUAGUGCCAAGUUACGUGAUUAUUUGGCCACUUCCACGAGCCCACAAACUUUGAGUACGGUCUCGACCGGCGCGAAGGGUGACAGGGUCACAAUCAAGGUUCUCCUACCGUCCAGAAUCUGCGGGUUUAUGCUAGCUGGCCGAGGCAAGCUUAUCCGCGAGAUUUCCGAAAAGUCAGGGGCUCAUACGCACUUCUUAGCCGCCCGUGAUGGAGACGGUAACCGGGUUUGCGUUUUUGCUGGCGAUAUGAGCUGCGUACUUCGUGCGCAACGUCUAGUGUUGCAGUUCAUUGCCGGAGAUGUCAUUUCGUCGAAACAGGUCGGUUCACGCCGGAAGCGAAAGCGUCUUCAAGAAGGUGAAGAAAAGGACAGCAAUCAUGACGAAGUGAAGGAAGAGUACGUGGGCAAAGGGGAGUUAUGUCACAAUGGUGAAGUGUACAGAGAAAGCUGCUUUGAUGACGCGUUACGUCUAGCUCAGUUGCAUCCUGUGCGACAACAGCAUGCGCGACGACAGCAAAUUCGCCAUACUCGACGUGAUUGUGUAAAAGGCGAAGAAGAGCGGGUUCAACGAGGCUGGCAAUUGUCCGUCGACAGCCUGCUGAUAGGCAUGGACACGAGCAUGAUGACAGUUGCGAAGAAGAUGCCGAUGAACACAGUUCAUCCGAUGACGAUGAAGACGUGCUUGAAGCAGUUAUCGUCGGAAAGCAGGAGCGAAAGCGGCGGCCAAGUAGUAGCCCAUCUAAGAAACCGCGUCCGUCCAUGGCAUGCCCUGGUCGCAAAGUGCAGGUGA